UGGGAUGGCGCGCGCAUCGCUGCAAGAUGGCGUCCGGUCAAUAGACGAAUAGCAGGGAGGCCGGAGGCGCUCUCGAGGUUCGUGGGUGUUCUCAGCCCGGAGCUGGAGAGGCUUUUGGGGCCGCGUAUCGGUGACAUUUUUCUCUGGCCACGGUGGUGUGAAUCGGUAAACGUAACGCGAGUGCAACGAAAAUGUUCCCCGAGGGAGUGCGCGUCACGUACGCGUCGCCCUGAGUGUGCCGUGUUUCUCGAACUUGGAAAGAGAGAUGCUGGCGUGCAAAGCGACGACAGAGGAGGCGCGUUCGCGAAACUGUCAGGAAGAUCGUCGUCGUCGUCGUCGUCGUGGUGCGUGAGUCAGUGCGCUCGUUGGAUCGAAGGAAGGCACGCACGUACAAAAUGGCUUCGGGCGACAAUGUGGACGUGAUCGAGGUGGUCGAGACGAGCUUCGCGGGCCCGGCUCAGCCGACGGAGGAUCACCUUAGACCGGAGCAGUCCGCGGACGAGGACAAUAAAUCUACGGGGGAUAAGGUGACGGCACAUGACAGCUCAAUAAUACAACAUGGCACAGCAGGACCCAAAACCCCUGUGGGGGUGUCCAGAAACAAAUCGGAGCGAGAGAGAAAGAUUGGGCACAGAAGAGUUGGAGUGGGAGGUGAAAUCACGUACAAAAAGAUCCAAACGACACAAAUCAUGGGAUCGAUACAGUUAGGCAUACAACAUGCGGUCGGCGGUCUAGCCAGCAAACCAGAGCGUGAUCUCUUGAUGCAGGACUUCAUGACCGUGGAAACGACAAACUUUCCCAGCGAAGGAUCGAAUCACACGCCCGCCCACCAUUUCUCCGAGUUUAAGUUCAAAAAUUACGCACCCAUUGCAUUUCGUUACUUUCGAGAUCUCUUUGGCAUCCAACCGGACGACUUUUUAAUGUCGAUGUGUAGUGCUCCGUUACGCGAAUUGUCGAACCCCGGCGCUAGUGGAAGUAUCUUUUAUCUAACAGAUGAUGACGAGUUCAUCAUAAAGACUGUGCAACACAAAGAAGGCGAGUUUCUGCAAACGCUUCUGCCAGGAUAUUACAUGAAUCUGAAUCAAAACCCGAGAACGCUGUUGCCGAAGUUUUUCGGGUUGUAUUGCUACCGAUGCAAUAGUAAAAAUGUUAGAUUAAUCGCCAUGAAUAAUCUUCUGCCCUCGUCGGUGAAACUGCAUCAGAAAUACGACUUGAAAGGGUCAACGUACAAAAGAAAGGCGUCGAAAACAGAACGAUCCAAGUCCUCUCCGACGUACAAGGACUUGGACUUUAUGGAGCAUCACGCGGAAGGCAUCUUCUUGGAGGCUGACACAUACAGCGCGUUAGUAAAAACGAUUCAGCGAGAUUGUCGGGUGUUGGAGAGUUUCAAAAUCAUGGAUUAUUCUUUGCUCGUUGGUAUUCACAAUCUCGACCAGGCUGCGAGGGAAAAAGCGCAGGAGCAGAGGUUAUCAGCGAGCGCGGACGAAGAAGUGGCGGAAGUCGGUGGUGAGACUGCAGGAUUUCUUCAAGCGGAAAGGGAGGAUAGAGUAGGGGCCAGCGCUCUGAACCGAUCGCGAAGCAUAAACCGACAAAGGUUGGUCGCGCAUAGUACCGCUAUGGAAAGUAUUCAGGCUGAAAGCGAGCCGAUAGACGAGGAGGACGACGUACCCAGUCCAGGUGGAAUUCCAGCUCGCAACGCACGCGGCGAACGCCUGUUGCUCUUCCUUGGUAUCAUUGAUAUUUUGCAAAGUUACAGGCUCAAGAAAAAGCUCGAGCACACGUGGAAGUCGAUGGUACACGACGGUGACACCGUGUCCGUGCACCGGCCAGGUUUUUACGCGCAACGUUUUCAAGAUUUCAUGGCUAAGACAGUAUUCAAGAAGAUACCGUCACUGGACCUGCCUGAGAUUAAGGGGAAUCAUCGCAAAUUCCGUAACCUCGUCACCAGCUACAUAGCGUUGAAACAUUCGCCAUCGAAGAGGAAAAGCAUCACCAGGCCGCUCAGACCACUCGACGGCGACUUCGAUUCAACUGCGGUGCCGACAACCGGAAGUUCGACAAUGCAUGCUACGUCACCCACGAAGGCCGACGAAGCAGCAACCCCGACAGACCCUGCGAUGAGCACCAGCACGAUGAUGUCCGCGGGUUCCGCGCCGAUCGCCACCUCCACGCCUGUAAACUUCGCUUCAGGCCCCGUGAGUCCACCCCCGUUGAGCUUGGGCGCCGGUCUUGGACCACUCCAUCAAGAUCAAACCUCCACGACCAAGGUGGCGAGCUACCCAGCCGUUCUGAAGGGUAGAACGGCCGCCAGCCCGCCCAAUCCGAACCUGGUGCCCUCUGGCAAGGUCCCACCCCCUGUCCCGCCUAGGGGCAGCCAGUCGAGGACCAGGUUCACGGAGGAGCACCGCGGAACCGCCACCUCCACGUCCUCGAUGGCAUCCAGCCGAGGUGGCACCCUUCCUUCCACCUGCUCCACCCCGCCCCCGCCCUUUGACGAUGCAGUGCGCUCGAACGACCAAACCCUGGCCUCCGGUGGUCAACUGCAGCAAGGUGGACCGACCACCAUCUUAACGAGCAGUCUCAGCAGUGCUCAAUCCAAGCAGAACAAGGUCGUGCACCACGUCACCCUUACAAAGACUUACCACGAUGCCGUUAGCAUAUCCGACGUGCACUUGGAGAGCAGUGGUAGCGGAAGCGGGAGCGGGGGAAGGGAAACGAAGUCUUCGUUGAGCGUGGAAAGCGGUAGCAGCCGAGGCGGUGGUGGCCUGACCUGGACACCACCAGCAGGUAGCGCGGAAGGUUCGACGCCCACCUGGACGGAGGGCACUCCAUCCUACACGGAGAGCUCCAGCAGCGGUGAUGCAGGUUGCCCGACGACGCCGAUCAGGGGCAGCCAGCGUCACGACGACGGAGGGAGGACAGCGGCCACCGUCGAAGAGGCGCUAGCCAGUCUCACUACGGAAAUGAGACGAACGAGCAGCAACGCGAAGGAUCUUGUGGAGCAAAGAGCAUCCCUUUCGAUGUACAGGCAAGUGAGAACGAGUUUCAAACGCGCCAGUACGAACCACGCGUCGAUCAUGAGGAGCGUGCAAAGAGCGUUGAGCAUUCAGCGUCGGGAGCCUUGAGGAUCCGAACGAGAAUAGAGUCAUUGAAUAUCUCUUAAAUAUGGUCACCCCCUCCAAGGGAUCGACAGUCGCUUAUGUAUUAAACGGGAUUACUUCCGAACACGAAACUGAGGAACGAUGCAGGAUUAAUCUGCAGGAUCUGUGAUCGCGCGAGAACGAUCGAAAGAUCGUUCUUCUGAUAUUUAUCGUUUUGUUAAUUAUAUUUUUUAAGCGCAGGAUGUUGGGAAAAUCGCUACGCAAUACACUUGAUUACGAAUCAUCGACUUUUCAUCGAAACGAGACCAUUCGUUUGCUCUUUUCAUUUUUAUUGUUAUUUAUAUUCACGGUUAGCGACGGGAGGAGUUCAACGAUGUUCGGGGGUAUAGUCUUUGAAAAGCCUUGGUCUGAAGUAGUAUUAUCGAUAGUGCAUGGUCUCAAUUCAUUAAUUGUAAAUAAAAUGUUUGUUGGCUUAUGCUGAAUUAUUUUUGAUUUUACAUCUAUCGUGUUACAUAACGAAUUAAUUUCAUUUCUUAAUGUUAUCGUUAGUCUUUACCAAUAUAUAAUACAACAGUCUCCUUACAUGCACAAGUUUCUCUACGAUAAAUGGAGAGUAACAUGAUCCGGGAUCGGAUAUCUCGAUGAGACAAUGCUAAUGCAACGAUCAAACUUUUUUUAUUAUUACUAUUUUUGUUGUAAAACUGUUACCAUCAUAUUCCUGACAUUUUUCUGAUUAAAAUGAGACCAAACACGACGUAAUUCGCAUCAUACAGUGGGUGUAGAAAGUAUUCGUAUACCGAUCAAUUUCCAAAAAAACUGGAAAAAAAUUUCCUGGAAAUUUGAUGUUUUCUAAUUCGCACGGAGCAAUAAACUAAUGUGUUUACGUUACAAACUCUACUGUAAAUGGUUCGUCAUAAGAAUCGUACAAAUACUUAUUGCUUCUGUACUUUUACCCACUUUUCGCAUUUUUUUGUUAAUUUCACAAAUUAUAUUAACUAGUAAACGUUGUUUGGACUAUACCUAUCUUAGAGACUUCCGAGAAUAUGUAGAAUGUCAUUGAUUAUAAAAAAAGAGGUUAAGAAACUACAAUUUCACAGAAAAGUUUUUUGGGAAAUUGAUCGGUGUACGAAUACAUUCUACACCCACUGUAUUUACUAAUUGUAACUACAUGUCUCACCGAAAUAAUCCUGGUGUUGGCCGCCAUUUUCGCAUGUCGCUCCGUCUUCUUCUUCAUUCGCUGUCCCUCUCUACACUUGAAGUUUGUUGGCAAAACAUUAGAAGAUACAGUAGCGACUGAAGGAGGCAUGCAAAAUCGGAGACACAAAACAUUGCACUCGAGGUUUUUAUGUGUUACACUUGACACGAGUCGAGCGUUGAACGUAGAAAAGGACAGAUAGUGGAAAGAGAAAGAGGUCCGAAAAAAAACACUCGACAGAAGCGUAUCAAUCGGUGAGGAUCAUAUUACACCGGUGUUCGGGGCUACUCGGGCGAAACUACGGGCAAAAGAAAUAUGAAUGGGCUGGCAGCGGGGGGUGGGUAUUUGAGAGACAUACAAAGUGUCCCAGCCUAAAUUAUACAGAGCUCUAACUCCAAAACUAUCGGCCGAAUGCAACAUUUCAAAUAUAGAAAUUGCAUGGUAAAAUGGGGCUCAGGUUUCAGCGCGAAGGAAUUUUUGUUAACUUUGUUAUUUAACGAGAUAUGAUGGUCAAGUUUCGUUUUUCAAAUGGAACUAUAUAUUUGUUUUUAUAUACCAUGCGAUAACGCUUUUCCAGACGAAUUCAUUAAGCUUUCGAGCUAUAACGCUUUAAAGUUUGCUAAUUUUCAAGGAGAAAUCUCGGUUCGGCCCCGGGCGGUCUCAUUGAUGCAGUAUGCACCAUGUGGUUCUUGAAAUCGAUACGGAGGGUCUCGUUUGGGAUUCUACUAGAAUCAUUCUAAGCCCAAGGAAGGAAAAUGGGAAGAAUCCCAAUAUUCUGGGCCUAGAAUCCCAAGCGGGAUCCUCCGUAUCGAUUUCAAGAACCGCAUGGUGCUUACUGCAUCAAUGGGACCGCCGAGAUUUUUCCUUGAAAAUUAGCAAACUUUGAAGCGUUCUAGCUUGAAAACUAAUAAAAAUCGGGUAAAUACUAGGUGAGCAACUAAGUUUCCGGGGUUUUUUGCGAUGAAAUAAACACCGAAAUAUCAAAAGAAAUACAACAAAUUAUUUAUUCAAAAUAUCGUCCAUCGCUAGCUACACAUUUUUGCCACCUAUCUGGCAAUGUAUUAAUACCGUGACGAUAAAACGACGUAUCUUUGGGCCGAAACUUUACAUUAAAGCUCAAUAAAUUCGUCUUGAAAAGUACUAUUGCAUGGUAUACAAAAAAAUAUAUAGUUCCAUUUGAAAAACGAAACUUGACCAUCAUAUCACGUUAAAUAACAAAGUUAACAAAAAUUCCUUCGCGCUGAAACAUGAGCCCCAUUUUACCAUGCAAUUUCCAUAUUUGAAAUUUUGCAUUCGACCGAUAGUUUUGGAGUUAGAGCUCCGUAUCACUUAGCCUGGGACACCCUGUAUAUUAUACACCACGUAAGUUCUUUGUUUCUACUUCUGUGUGUACUAUUUACAGUUUUGUAUGUUUUUUAUUUCUCUUAUUAAUGUUUCACUGUUUCAUCAUUGUCGUAGAAUUUCUAUUUAAAGAAUGGGGAGUGGUUUCGUGUAUUCUAUUUAAAAGUGUAUAUAUUUGUAUUCCUCUUAUUAAUGUUUUGUAACUUUAUUAGUACUUUAUCAUUUUUUACUUAAAGGUAUCAAGUUUGUGUAUGCUAUUUGAACUUGUAUAUGUUUGCAUCCCAUUUAUUAAUGUUACAUGUUUUCAUUAAUACUUUUGAAUUCUUUUCUUCUAAUCGAAAGUACCACAACAGGUCACAGUCGAAUGAUUAAAUUAUUCAUAAACUCAUUUUUCCCUGAUCUGAGUCGAAGUCGACCAUCUUUCACUCAAUUUCUUCCCCAAUUCGAGAUCCUCAUCGAUGAUUCAUCAAGAACCAUAUUGCGUAGAGACUUUUUCAAUCCAGAAAUCUUCCGUCUCUCUACGAUAGAAAGCACGAACGAUGCCUGUUUAACCACUUUGAACGAUAGUCGAGGUGCAACAUCGAUCUUAAUCCUCUCGUGAUCGUAGAUUUAGCCUUGCGUCUAAGUGUCUACUUAACUUAAACUGCGUAAGAUUUGAAUAAUUUUUCGUUUGCGUCGACUCGUCGCGUACACGCGUUUACGGGAAUUGUUUGCAAGAGACUCGAAGUGAAAUAAAACCGUCCCCGCUCGAGGGGAAGAGGGAUAUAUCAAAGUAAUACGCCAACGAUCGUCUCCGACGGCGUGAAUCUGAUUUCAGUUUCACGGAGACGAUGCAUUCGCUGAAUGGACAACCUUCUUCGCGUGAUUUCGUAAUCUCGGUGCAAACGUGCCAAGGAAUUGGCCAGGACGACGAUCCGAUGGAACGCUGUUGCGAUUAUUCGAGAGUUUCCUUAGUCUUCGAUCUCUCUCCACGUCUGCGCCAGAGAUUGCAGCAGAAUUUCUAUUUAAAUAAAAGUUUCGAAUUGCAGAUAAAAGAUGAACCUUGUACGAAAAGAAAAUUUUCAUUUCUCGAGUUCUAUAUUCUAUAACAGAGUCAUUCUUGAGUAAAUUUCAAGAAUCAAUGUAGAAUACAGAUGAUAUUUUUAUGGUUUUAUUCGUUAUUUACUAUUCGAACACAGUUUUGCUCGACUCUGGUUUGAUGAAGACUAUUGACGCUCUCGUAUUCACCAUGACGUUGAAAAUAUUAAUCGUUUAAUAGGAAAUGAAAUUUGGAAAGGAUUGAAAAAAAAUUUUAAGAGUCAUGUUCAAAUGACUGCAGUUAAUGCAUUUAAAAUUCGUGGGAGGGAAUAAAAUGCAACAUUCUGGAGGGUCUUAACAAUCAUGUCUUCAGAAAUGAACAAAAUUAUUUGAUUUAUAAAUGAGAGCAUUAUAACCAUUAAUAAUGAAGGUGGGUUACUUAAAUAAAACACAACUUAUACCUCCCGUUUCUUUCAAUAUUUUAGCUCCACUCUGUAGAUCAGACAAUUUUCUUUAACUAUCAAAUUAGGAACUGACAGCAUGCAUGUUAAGGUUUCCUAAUCUGUUGCAUUCUAUUUUAAUUAGGUUGAAAAACAGCCAAGAUCGCUGAACCUUGCCCCAAUGGCGAUUUGAACUUGACUAUUAAAAUUUAUUCUUCUACGAGAACAAAAUGUCUGCGACCAAAGAAGACGAAGGUCUCUCCACAUCAUUAACACACCAUAGCUGUAGUCGCUACAUUUUUCAUUCGUAUCGAAUUAUACCUCCAUUUACGUGACGCAACUAUUAUAAUUUCAUUAAAGAAUCCGUCGGACGUAACAUUAUCCGUGUCUAUUUUUGCUUGAAACGGGUCAUCGUCUAAAAAUUCACCCUAUCUUUGCAAACGUGAAACCGACGUGCCAUCGAAUAAAUUCGGAACGAAAUGCGUGCACAAGUUAGGGUUGCAAGGACGGUUACGAGCGAAGGGGCGCGUUAACUCUUUAACUGAAUGCUGCUUACGCCAAAACAACAACAAAAUUCUAGCUGACGUGAAGUCAGUACCAGCUCUCACAAUGAAAUAAAAACCUAACAAAUAUUAUCGAAAGAUAGAUUAAAUAAGUAUUCAUUUCAUAUUUUUUUUUCUUUUUUACUUUAUACAUACAUGUAAAAUAAAAAGAUAACAUAUCAUGUAGAAGGCACAUUAAACAAUCAUGUGUUAUUUAUUUGUUUUAUAGAUACAUACAUAGCAAUAUUAAAAAAUAACAUAUGAAGUCGAAUUCAUGUCAAAAUACGAUUCAUUUUUUGUUUCAUAAUUUUAUUAUGACCGUUGUUAAUAUUAUUAUACCGCUCUCUAACAGCAAGUUAGUCAGUUAAAGGGUUAAAAGGCCAGAGAAAUGAACAACAGCGAUGGAUCAGGUUGCUGGAUGCUCCUUCACCUUUUCAGAGCGUUCGAUAUCCUCGUUCGAAGAAAUCAGCAUCGUUUCGAGACUAUUUUUACCAUUUUUCUGGGUCGCGGAAUUUUUUUCUAUUUCAGUUGCACACAGAUGGCAAAUCCGUCUAAGUGUCGCGGCACCUGGUCCAUGCCUGUUCCAGCUGAAUGCUGUCUAACGAAACGUAUAAGAUUACGUUGACGUUAUCGAGCAACCGAUCAACCAACAAUCGCUCAACAGCGAUCGUUCGACUGUGCUGUUACGGUGGCGAGCGAUCGCCUAACCGAAACUUUCGGCAAUACAUACUACUACUAUUAUUACCAUUAUCAUUAUGAUUAAUUGCUAUCACCAUGAUUAAUGAUAUUAUUUAAAUAAAGCAGUUACUAUUAUUCUUA